AACAAAUUGCUGUCAUCCUUUGUAUGGUGCCCGAUAUAGUUUAACUGCCAUAAACUGGGAUUUUUUGGACCUAUAAAAAUUCUUUUUUUUUUAUUAACAAACUAUUAAAGACUGGUUCAUGCAUUUAAGUAUUUUCACACUGGUUUAAAUGUAUAGUUUUGAAGAUAUAAUUUCAUUUGUUUUUAACCAAGAAUUUCAUCUGUAAUUGGAUGUUGCAUGGGCCAAAAUUAUGUUCUCAUACAAAAUGACACGGAUGCUAAAUUCACGAGCAUGCUUUUACCUGUGCUGCUAGAGUCAAUAAUGAGCUUUAUCUACUCGCAUAGCUCUUUGUGUUGCAUUUCAAAGUUUUCUCAUGUCUUACCCUUUGCAUGUGCUUGUUGUUCUCAUUUAUUUAUGUUUAGGGCGGACGAAGAACUCGUUGAUCAAAAGAAGUAUCUUGAGGACUCUUGCAAGCCUAAGUGUGUGAAGCCUCUACUUGAAUAUGAGGCAUGUGUUAAGAGAGUUGAAGGAGAUGACACCAGCCAGAAACAUUGUACAGGGCAGUACUUUGACUACUGGUUCUGUAUUGAUAAAUGCGUUGCACCAAAGCUACUCUCUAAACUGAAGUGAUAUGGAAUGCUCUCAGGACACCACUUUCAUUUCCUAUCCGUAUGUUUUGCUUUGCUACCCUAGUUGACAUUUCUCAGAUGUUAUUUGGCUGAUUCGUGCCAACCCUUCCUCGUUUUGAUGAGGAAAACCUUUUGAAUUGGAAUAACAGAGGAUGCUUUUAGAUGGACUUGGAAGACUGCAUAAAAAUGUUAAUAAAAGGAGUGAUCCUGCCCUGCUGUAACUACGGGCAAUCAUGUUUGGAACAAUAAUGUUUUAUUCUUGUCAGCUAGGGUUUAGGGUUUCAAAGCAGCAAUUCUUGCUUCAUUGAUGUUUGCCCUAAUAUUAUUUUCACUUGAAAAUACCUUUCAACAAAUUCCAAAAGCCAGUUAUUAUUAUUA